CCGUGUCCGGUCGGUCGGGUUGCUAAGGUUACCUAGGCAUAGCAGACAACUCACACACCUAACAGUGCUAGGGAGACACUGCUUUCUUUCUUUCUUCUUUUUGUCUAUUUGGAAAGGUAAAUAUUUUGUAAACGUGGGAUUGUUUCCUGAAUAAAAUCAUGACACUCACAACGAUAAAAGACGGAGAGUACACUGCUACAGUCUACAAAAUGAUCAAAGAUGGGCGUUAUGGAGAUGCCAUCCAUAUCCUAAGCAACGAACUGCAAAAACAGAUGAAGUCAAGAGCUGCGCUGUCGCUGCUGGGUUACUGCUACUACCACAUUCAGGACUUCACCAAUGCUGCAGAGUGCUAUGAACAGCUUACUCAGCUACAUCCGGAUGUGGAGGAGUACAAACUCUACUAUGCCCAGUCACUCUAUGGGGCAUGUGCCUUUUCUGAUGCCAUGAAAGCUACGUUUCUCCUGGACAAUCCAACCAGUCAUACCAAAAUGAUCAAGCUUCAAGCUGCCAUCAAAUACGGAGAAGAAGAGUAUGCUGGAGCCAAGACCUUGGUGGAGCAGCUGCCUCAGGAUGAUCCUGAUUAUGACGUGGAUCUUGGCUGCUUGCUUUUCAAAGAGGGAGAAUAUGAAGAGGCUUGCAAGAAGUUCAUGUCCUCUAUGCAAGUGCUAGGCUACCAGCCAGAUCUGUCAUACAACAUCGCCCUUUGCCACUAUAGCUUAAAGCAAUACGCAUCAGCUCUCAAAUACAUUGGUGAGAUCAUAGAACGUGGAAUACGAGAACAUCCAGAACUGAGUGUUGGCAUGACAACCGAGGGCAUAGAGGUGAGAAGUGUGGGCAAUACUCUAGUCCUCCAUGAGACUGCCCUGAUUGAAGCCUUCAACCUCAAGGCAGCCAUUGAGUACCAGCUCAAGAAUUUUGAUUCAGCACAAGAGGCCUUGACAGACAUGCCUCCAAGAUCAGAAGAGGAGCUGGAUCCAGUAACCCUCCACAACCAGGCCCUGAUGAACAUGGACACGAAGCCCACAGAGGGCUUUGAGAAGCUGGCCUUCCUCCUGCAGCAGAACCCUUUCCCUCCAGUCACGUUUGGCAAUCUGCUGCUCCUCUACUGUAAAUAUGAGUACUUUGACUUGGCUGCAGAUGUUCUGGCCGAAAACGCCCAUCUUACGUACAAGUUUCUGAGUCCGUAUCUCUACGAGUUUCUAGAUGCCAUGCUGACAUGCCAGACUGCGCCAGAGGAGGCUUUCCGGAAAUUAGAUGAAAUUGCUGGGAAAUUAACUGACCAGUUAAGGAAGGCAGCCAAACAGGUCCAGGAUGCACGUCACACGCGGGAUGACGAGGGGCUGAAGAAGGCCCUGCACGAAUAUGAUGAGGUGCUGGAGAAGUACAUCCCAGUGCUCAUGACUCAGGCGAAGAUCUACUGGAAUAGGGAGAACUACAGCAUGGUGGAGAAGAUCUUCCGUAAGUCGGUGGAGUUCUGCAACGAGCACGACACAUGGAAGCUGAACGUGGCUCAUGUGCUCUUCAUGCAGGAGAACAAGUACAAGGAGGCCAUUGGAUUCUAUGAACCCAUCGUCAAGAAGCACUAUGACAAUAUUCUCAAUGUCAGCGCGGUAGUCUUGGCUAACCUCUGUGUGUCGUACAUCAUGACCAGUCAGAAUGAGGAGGCCGAAGAACUGAUGAGAAAGAUCGAGAAGGAGGAGGAGCAGAUAUCUUACGACGACCCGGACAAGAAAGUGUUCCAUCUGUGCAUCGUAAACCUUGUGAUUGGAACAUUAUACUGUGCCAAAGGGAAUUAUGAUUUUGGCAUUUCACGCGUCAUCAAGAGCCUGGAGCCCUACAACAAAAAGCUCGGAACCGACACGUGGUUCUAUGCCAAGAGGUGCUUCCUGUCGCUGUUGGAGAAUAUGGCCAAGCACAUGAUCAUGCUCCGGGACACCGUGGUGCAGGACUGCAUUCAGUUCCUGGAGCACUGUGAACUCCAUGGGAAGGACGUGGAAGCCAUGAUCGAGCAGCCCCUGGAGGAAGACCGCGUGCACGUCGGCAAGAACACCGUCACCUACGAGUCCCGGCUGCUCAAGGCCCUCUUCUAUGAAGUCAUCGGCUGGAACCAAUAAAUCCGCCUGUUAAUCUUUUUUUCCUUAAGGCUUCCUUGUGAAGCUUGUUAGGGUAGUAAUUUACUCUGAUUGUGACUGUCAGUGUGGUCUAAGUCAAUGUUUUUUUUUUUUUUUUUUUUUUUAAGUCUCUCAUGCCAGACAGGCAGGUCUGUCAUUUCAAAAUUGGCGACGGAGCUGGUGUGUUGUCAUCAGCAGUCUGCUGAGAGACAGUAAUGGUCACCCUGGAAAGAUGGACGGCAGCCAUUAAUGAGCUGUGCAUCACUGCUGAUUGUGCUAUGGACUGGUGUUUGUCGGCGUGCAUGAUACAUGGGGCCUUAUUUCCCAAAAAAUCCUGUCUUGUCCCGGCAGCGCAUUAUAUUUGAGCAGCUGUCAGACAUAUAUUAUUUAGAGUCCUCGUCUCUCGCUUGAAGCCCAGGAGCCUUUUUUGUGUGUGUUCAAGUUUGUGGGGAAAAAGGGGGGAAGCUCUAUAUUUACACGUUUAAUAUGUGAUAAUUUAUUACUUUUAGAGGUGAAGGUUUGCUCUGUUUUAAAAGCAUUCAUUCACUCCUGUUUAACUGUGCUGUAACAAAUGAUUUCCCUGAAACCCAGAGAAGCAGGAAUGCUGAAUAUGUAAAUGAAAAGGCAGAUCUGUAUACACUAUAUCUUUCUAGUGAAUAAAAGGCAGAUCUGUAUACACUAUCUUUCUAGUGAAUAAAAGGCAGAUCUGUAUA